UCAAACGGUAACGAGUAGUACUGUGUAUCCAUACAUUGAUAUAAGUUAAAAUUAAAUUUUUAACAGGACCUUAAAUAACGCUGUUAAAGACAGUUCGUCAUUGGAACGAAGCUUUUAGAUAAUUUUAUUAUACAACUUAUGAUAUUUUGGGAUAAGUAAAAUGGGAUCUUAAAAUAAUGUAACGUGACUGAUAAAUUGUUCAUAUUGGGAGUAAAUGUGCAUUUCACAAAGGAUGAUUUUAAAUAAUUCCAUGUUAUGUUGAGUUUUCAUUAACCUUCAACAAAUAUUAGUGGCAGUACACUGAGAUUCAAAGGCAAAAAUUGGCAAUGCAAAGGGUAUUUCCAAAAAGGAGCUCUAAUUUUGAACGUAUACAUUUGUGCAACAAGAUUAAGGUGACGUUAGACGAAAAGAGAAUUGUUUUUAAAUCAUCGUCCAGUCUCAAUAUGACAGUCAAACAGAAACGAUGAUUUAUUAUAUAAUAGAAUGAACAAUUCUAUUUCUUCUUUCUUAUUUUCUUUUUGACAUCUUCCUUCAUGCUGGAUAUAAAAGUUUGAAAGGGUCUUUAAAUAAAAUCGAAGUAUAUUCCCCUUUGCGACAUAUUCAACUAGAAAAGAUGGUUGAAAGUACGACAGCUGUUCAACGUGCUAAGAAUUCUGCGUCCACUAAUGGAGCACAAUGGACUACGAGUGAAAAAAUAUCAUCCACAGUAACGCAUCAAGAAACAAAUUGUGUACAGCAUAAUGAAGUGUGUGCAGAUGCGGAUCAUUUAACAUUAUGGCAACAUCCAAUCACAACAUUAAACUAUUUCUUUCGAGAACUGUUACUCGAUAUACUCUCAUUAGGAAAGAAAACAUUACGUUAUAAGCGAACUGUAUUGAGUACAAUUUCGCUCGUAGCAUUAUUUUUGUUAUUAAGUAGAAUUUCAGGACCACAGCAAGAAACAUUUAAAGCAUGGGAAGCAAAAGUUAUAUGGUGGUUGUACUGGGUAGGUUUGGGUGUAUUGUCUAGUGUAGGCCUUGGUACUGGCUUACACACUUUUGUGCUUUAUUUGGGACCUCAUAUAGCAGCCGUAACAAUGGCAGCAUAUGAGUGUGGGUCUUUAAAUUUUCCCGAACCACCAUACCCAGAUCAAAUAGUAUGUCCAACGGUGAUUGAUCCAUUAUGGACAGCGGGUAUAUUAAAUAUUAUGAGAAAAGUACGGGUAGAGGCUAUGUUCUGGGGUGCUGGUACUGCACUUGGUGAAUUGCCACCAUAUUUUAUGGCUAGAGCCGCAAGAACAAGUCGACAAAGUAAUAAAAACGAUGAAGCUGCUCAAGAUGAUUUGAAGGAAUUAGAAGCCUUAGAGGCAUUAGAAAAUGGUGAAGAUGUGCCAUUAAUAAUGCGUUUGAAAUUAACUAUGAAACAUUUUGUUCAAAAAGCUGGUUUCUGGGGUAUUUUGGCUUGUGCAUCGAUACCUAAUCCAUUAUUUGAUCUUGCUGGCUUGACUUGUGGACAUUAUCUUAUUCCAUUUUGGACAUUUUUUGGUGCAACGCUUAUAGGAAAAGCAGUUAUUAAAAUGCACAUACAACAGCUAGCAGUGAUAAUAGCUUUUAAUGAAGAGCUUUUAGAUAAAUUUAUUAGCCUAUUGGCUAUUGUGCCCUUUGUCGGUUCGCAUUUUCAAGAACCACUUAAAAAGUACCUUAUUGAACAAAAACAGAAAUUACAUAGUAAAAAAUCAAUGGAUGGAACAACAACGAUUUCUUGGCUUUUUGAUAAAUUUGUAAUAUUGAUGGUGUGCUAUUUUCUAGUGACAAUUAUUCAUGCAUUAGCUCGAAAUCACCACCGUAGACGCGUAAAAUCUUCUACAGACUGAAAUUGAAGAUGAAUAGAUUGGAACAUUGUAAUGGUGAAAACAGUUCCAUAUGUAAGAUGCUAUAUAAGACAUGAUAUAAGAAAUAACAGUAAGCUGUUGAUGCUUUGUUUACUACAUAUACAUAAGGGCUGCGCAGUUACUUUUAUUUAAUCUUAUGAUAAUACGGGAUAGAGUCUGAAUCUCAAUGGUUUUUUUUUUUUUUUUUUUUU